UACACGCCUCGCGUCGCCCGGCCCCGCCUCGGCUCCGCCGCGCCGCUCACGGUCUCCCCUCCCCAGGCAUGAGCGACAUGGACGCCUACAAGGUGGUGCUGGAGGGGCCGGCGCCCUGGGGCUUCCGCCUGCAGGGGGGCAAGGACUUCAACAUGCCGCUCUCCAUCUCCCGGCUGACACCCAGCGGGAAGGCGGCGCAGGCCGGCGUGGGCGUGGGCGACUGGGUGCUGAGCAUCGACGGCGAGAACGCCAGCGCCCUGACCCACAUCGAGGCGCAGAACAGGAUCCGCGCCUGCGGCGACCGCCUCAGCCUCAGCCUCAGCAGAGCCCAGAACCUCGUGGGGAAGCCACAGAAGGACGCCCCCCCCCACUCUGAGCCCCUGAAAUACAGCUUUGCGCCCAGCUCCGCCCUCAACAAAACUGCGCGGCCCUUCGGGGCCGGCGCCACCCCAGUGACGAAACCCGUGACGUACACGCCCCAGGCGCCUGCCAGUGCCCCGCAGCACAAUGGGCACUCGCUGCGGCUGGAGAGCCCCCCGGGCGUCCCCCACAGCGACUCCAGCAAGAAGCGGCUGAUUGAGGACACGGAGGACUGGCGGCCCCGCACUGGCACCACCCAGUCCCGCUCCUUCCGCAUCCUGGCCCAGCUCACGGGCACAGAGUUCAUGCAAGACCCCGAUGACGAGCUUGCUAGAAAGUCCAGAGAAAAGUUUUUCACGGAGCUGCAGAGCCCACGCUACACCCGCCUGCGCGACUGGCACCACCAGCGCUCGGCCACCUCCCUCCACGUAUAGUCGUGAGGGCCACAGUGCCCGUGGCCCGGCCCUGCCCACAGCUGCACCAGCAUCACCGCCCCGGCCUCUUGCCCUGCGGGGACGCUUGGCGCACGGUCACUGCUCAGGCGCUGUGCGGAGGGGGUGGGAGCUCGGCCCGGCAUGGCCUUGAGCCAGCCCCAGGGCUGGUGCCCGCGGCUGCCGGAGGGGAAGGCGGCCCCCGGGCCCACUGUUCUGCUCUCCCUGGCCAACCUGUGGCCACGGCGUGGAGGGCAGAGCCCUGUGACCCCCAGCACCUGCCACACCGUGGGCCGGCGGCUGGCAUAGCCCCGGGGCCUUGCCCCCAGUCCCUUUGUGCUGAUGCCCCCAGCCAGCCAGAGGGGCCACGAUGUGGGGGCCCUGGCUGGCAGGCCCCACGUGGCCCAGGGCAGCCUGGCCCAGCUGCACCAGUGUUUCGUAGUCCAAUAAAUGUUCCCGUCCUUAUCGCUGCCUCCGCCUCAUCACUGCUGUGUGCGGCCCCUCGCCCGCUGCCCUCGUGGGGCCUCGCCAUGUCCCUGGGCUCUAGUGGAGGUCGUGCAACCCCUGUGCCGCCUCUGCCCAGGGAGGGGCCCUGCUCCCACUGCCUCUGCCAUCCUGGGGGUCUGCCCCCCACUCGGGCUGGGUCUGGAGCGUCCCCUGGGUGCCAGCCAGGGCAGGCACCAGGACUCGUCCAGCCCCCAAGCCACACUCCACACUCCCCAGCCCGGGGCUCAGGCCCUGCUGCCCGGUGGCUCCCCCAGCCCAGCCUGUGGGUGCGUGUUUGUCCUCCCCUUGCCCACGGCCUCCUUGCAGCAGCCGCUGUCUGCCCAAGCUGGGUGCUUUACCCCGGGCAGCCGGGGCGCUGGCAUCGGGGCAGGGCCCUGGGCCGCUGCUGGGCCUGCGUGUGCUGGGAGGGGAGCAGGCCUCGCCUGCGGGGCAUCCAGGCUCGAGUGCGGGCAGGCCAUGCAUGACGGGUCUUUGCCGGUGGGGGGGUCUGGGAUGUACGUGUGGACCCGGCACCGCGACGCAAGGACACGGGGUCUCUCGCACAGUACUGGCACCGUCACGAUGCACCAGACCAGCCACCAGGGGCACUGCCCCACGGGGGGGGGCCGGUUCGG